AUGGAUAUUCAAACGAAAGAGGAUGAUCAGCUGUCGCCUACGAAACGGGAUGGUUCUAUUGAACCACCCUUUGAGUCAUCAUCACCACCCUCAGACAAUAAUGAUGAAGGAAUCCACGAACCGGAGGACUUUCGGGAGUUGAGCCUUCCCGUUCCAUUUUCCGCUCUCACUCAGACAAUGCGACCAAACAUACGUCCUCACAGGCAUACGAGCCAGUCCUCAUCAUCCUCAACAGAGGAUGCCGAACAAAACAGCCUUCUUGAGGAAUCCGCUAAUGGCAAGGUAGGGCAUGACCAAGCGUUUCGUAAUGUCUCUCGGCCCUCCUGCAUCACAGAUGAAUUUGGUUUCAAAGUUGAUCUGACGAGGUCCUUUGGGAAACCGCAAAUUUUGCUUCGGAACAUUUUUUAG